AAGCCGUGACAGGAAGUCGUGUGGCUAUGUGUGGCUCCGUUGACGCUACGCGAACAAACAGUAUUUGGGUUUCGAGCCAACUGUCUGCUGCCGUGUGUUGGAGGGGGGGUCGGCUGAACCGGUUUAGUUUUUUUUUUUUUUUGAAAUACUGGCGACUCUGUGGACAGCGCUGAGCCAUGUCUCCAUCAGUACCCCUGCAGGAGAUGAUCCGGGCCAUCAGGUCAGCAAGGACGCAGUGUGAGGAGCGGGGUGUCAUCCAGAGGGAGUGUGCAGCCAUCCGAGCCCAGUUCAGACAAUCUGACAAUGGAGGGCGAUCGCACAACCUGGCCAAGCUGCUCUACGUCCACAUGCUGGGCUACCCCGCUCACUUUGGUCAGAUGGAGUGUGUUCGGAUGAUAGCCAGCCCUCGAUACAGUGAGAAGCGUGUGGGAUAUCUGGGAGCCAUGAUGCUGCUGGAUGAGAAGCAGGACGCCAGCCUGCUCAUCACCAACUCCAUCAAGAAUGACCUUUCUCACAGUAACCAGUACGUGCAGUCUCUGGCUCUGUGCACGCUGGCCUGUAUGGGUUCAGCUGAGAUGUGCAGAGAUCUGGCACCAGAGAUCGACAGACUGCUCCGAGCCUCCAACUCCUACAUAAAGAAGAAGGCUGCUCUGUGCGCUGUUCACAUUGUGAGAAAAGUCCACGAUCUGGGGGAGCUUUUCGCUCCUGCAGCUCGAUCCCUCCUCACUGAGAAGAACCACGGUGUGUUACACGGUGCUGUGGUCCUCAUCACUGAGCUGUGUGAGCGGAAUCCAGAGACACUGGAGCGGUUCAGAAAGAAUGUGCCAGAUCUGGUUCAGAUCAUGAAAGGUUUGGUCAUUUCGGGUUAUUCUCCAGAGCACGAUGUGGCAGGAAUCAGUGAUCCCUUCCUACAGGUGCGGAUCUUGAGGUUGCUGAGGAUUCUCGGCCGCAACAACGAAGGAGCCAGUGACGCCAUGAAUGACCUACUAGCUCAGGUGGCGACCAACACUGACAGCACUAAGACUGUGGGCAACGCUGUGCUGUAUGAGACCGUUCUCACCGUGUUGGACAUCAAGUCCGAGAGCGGCCUCAGGGUUCUGGCUGUGAACAUCCUGGGAAGAUUUCUCCUGAACAAUGACAGGAACAUUCGGUACAUCGCCAUGAUCUCUCUUCAAAAGAUCGUCGGGACGGACCACAAUGCAGUGCAGCGCCACAGGGGUACUAUAGUGGACUGUCUGAAGGAUCAGGACGCUUCUGUCAAGCGCCGGGCGUUGGACCUCUCCUUGGCGCUCGUGUCGGCCUCCAACAUCCGCUCCAUGAUGAAGGAGCUGCUCCUCUUCCUCUCCUCCUGCCCUCUUGAGCUCAGGUCUCAAGCUGCCAGUGGCAUAUUCAACGCUGCGGAGAGGUAUGCGCCCUCCCAGCGCUGGCACAUUGACACCAUCCUGCAUGUCCUCACCACGGCAGGGGGCGACGUGAGAGAUGAAACAGUGCCCAACUUGAUCCAGCUUAUCACCAACGCCUCUGAGCUGCACUGUUACACCGUUCACAAGCUCUACCGGGCCCUGCUCACUGACAUCUCUCAGCAAUCCUUGGUGCAGGUGGCGUGCUGGUGUAUAGGAGAGUAUGGAGACCUGCUGCUGAGGGGAGAGUGUCAGGAGACGGAGGCUGUUCAGGUCAGUGAGGACGACGUCCUGGACGCCUUAGAAACCGUUCUGCAGUCCCACAUGUCGUCCCCAGCGACCAGAGGCUUUGCUCUCACCGCCACCAUGAAACUGAGCACGCGUAUCACCGACAACGUGGAUCGCAUCAGAAGCAUCGUCAGCAUCUACGGCAGCUGUAUAGAUGUGGAGCUCCAGCAGAGGGCAGUUGAAUACAAUGCUCUGUUCAAAAAAUAUGACCACAUGAGGGCGGCGGUGCUGGAGAGGAUGCCUGUGAUUGAAAAGAACUCCCCGGGUCACACCAACGGAGAGUCAACAGGGGAACCUGUCAAAGACAUCCAACCAGCCAAAGUGAAGCAGGGAGGGCCACUGCUGCCCCAACAACCUGCUAACCAGGUGUGUGAUCUGUUGGACCUGCUGGGUGGCUCUGAGGAGCCUCUGCAGCCCAGCCCAGCAGUAGCAGGCACAGCACCUGGCCUGCCUGCCAACACCAUCAGCCAGGCUGGAGGAGACCUCCUGGAUCUGCUGGGAGGGUUAGAGCCUGCCCCGCUCGCACCAGCUCCCGCAAUGCCGGUGUACGAGAAAGACGGUGUGACUUUGACACUCAGCUGUGAGAAACAGUCCGAUUCAGGCCUGACGGUCACACUAACAGCCUCCAACUCCACUGACUCAGACAUCAGCAGCUUCACGCUGCAGGCUGCAGUGCCCAAGAGUGUCCAGUUACACAUGAAGGCCCCCAGUGGGGACUCUCUUCCUGCACGAGGCGCAGCUAAGGUGACCCAGAUGGUAGUCCUCAACAACCCAAACAAGGUGAACCUGAAGAUGAGGGUCCGGAUAUCGUACAACAGCCAAGGAUCAGCCUUUCAGGACACAGUCCAGAUUGACUCGUUCCCUGGACUCAGUGCUGCCGGCCACUGACAGCGGCCAUUCAGUCCAACAGGACUGUGACAACAGUGUGUGGAUGAGUCAGCAGACAUCACUCCGCACUGACAGAUUUCUUUUUUUUCUGCUGUCACACACUCUACACUACAGUCCAAGCUGCUGUUUCUUAAAUUCCUGAUUUUGUGGGUGUUUUUACGGCUGAAGAGCACUGUUCUUUCACAGAAAAUCGCUACAUGACCUCACAUAGUUUCCCCUUUUCUCUGGAAUCCAAGUGUAACCAUGACCGAUGGCACAAGCUAUUGGAAAAUAUUAAAAUAUUAGCAGUUUUUUCUGGGUUUUGCAAUGACAGCUAUCACUACUUUGUACCAGUCAGGUUUUUAAGCUUCGAAAGCUGAUUGUAGUUGAUGUUUCACUCCAUAAAUAUUUAUUCACGUGGCUCCUGUCAGUCAGUCUGAGCGACUAAAUCAAUUUUGCGCACAUGGAACUCAUGUUUACUCCUUUUUGAAGUGAUUUUCUUUUUGAAAUAUUUGCCUUUACCAUCUUCACUUUGUUGAAAAGCAGCUAAACAUGAGCCACUACCACUAUUAUAAAAUGCUCUAAUCCAGUAUACUUGAUUUUACUGGGAAACUUAAGGAUGAAUUUGAGUAUGAUGGGUGAAGUUGUUUUGUUUUUUUUUAAACACAACCUUGUGUUGCAUUCACUAGUCUUUCUGUUGCUCCUGAUCAAGUAUCCACCUUCUGAUUAAUUCCCCUGUGCCUUUCAUCCCCUCAAAAAUGACAUUUCCUCAUGUACAAAAAAAAUAUAUUUAGUUUUGGAGGCCAAGAAACAGUUUUAAAAGUCAUAUAAACUUCUUUUAUCCCUCCUUUUAAAAGCGACACUUGCUUCUGACCAGUAUCUCCUUGCCUGUUGUUGACAAAGGCACCUGAGUUGUUUUAUUUUCCAGACAGUGUACAGUGAUACAAGAGAAAUGUGUGAUACUGUUUGCAAGAUGUAUAUUUUACAUAUUAAGUAUAUGAGCACAAUUAGAAGAGUUUGUUCUUUGGAAAAUCUCUAAUACAACCCUUUUGUUGUAGAAUGACAGAAAAGUGAGCUGUGAAACACGUGAAUCAGCUUAAUUUGAUAACUCAUUUUAUGAUCAUAGACCUCUAUUAAAAAAAAAA